UCAACCCGCGGGCGCGGAGGCGGAGAGAGAUCGCCCGCCACGUCACCACGCCACACCCCAUUCGCUCGUUAACGGGUCCGCAUCAAGAUCCGCUAAGACCCUUCUUCUUCCUCUCCUCCGGCGACAGAGAGGCCACCGGCGGCGGCGGCGGGCGGAGAUGUUCCUGGUGGACUGGUUCUACGGGGUGCUGGCGUCGCUGGGGCUGUGGCAGAAGGAGGCCAAGAUCCUCUUCCUCGGCCUCGACAACGCCGGCAAGACCACGCUCCUCCACAUGCUCAAGGACGAGAGAUUGGUGCAGCAUCAACCUACGCAGUAUCCGACUUCUGAAGAGCUGAGCAUUGGGAAGAUCAAGUUCAAGGCGUUUGAUUUAGGAGGCCAUCAAAUUGCUCGCCGUGUGUGGAAAGACUACUAUGCUAAGGUCGACGCGGUGGUCUACCUCGUGGAUGCCUACGACAAGGAGAGGUUCUCCGAGUCGAAGAAGGAGCUCGACGCCCUCCUCUCGGACGACUCCCUGGCCACCGUCCCCUUCCUGAUCCUGGGCAACAAGAUCGACAUCCCCUACGCCGCGUCGGAGGAGGAGCUCCGCUACCACAUGGGGCUGAGCAACUUCACCACCGGCAAGGGCAGGGUGAGCCUCGGCGAGUCCAACGUUCGCCCCCUGGAGGUGUUCAUGUGCAGCAUCGUCCGCAAGAUGGGCUAUGGGGAUGGGUUCAAGUGGGUGUCACAGUACAUCAAGUAGGGUGUUGUUAGUUUUUGCUGGAAAAAUGUUGAGGUAGUCUUCAUAGUUCAUACUCCUGUUUCACCUUACCACAGAGAUGAUUUUAGGAGGGAGCUAGAGCUAUAGCUAGCAAUCUGGUCAUGGUGGUUCAUGGUUCUUCCGGUACAUAUGUGGUGGAAGCAGCGAAAGACUGGGAUUUGUGCUAGAUUUUUCUUCAGUUAAUUAAAAAGUGUGACUUUUAAAGAUAUAGAAACAUCUUUUUAAAAGCAUUGA